UAUUGUAUGCAAAUAUUGCGCACAGAAGCAUAUGACCUCUCCAGUGCAGGGCAGUGGCUAGUGUGAGAGAAAUCAUUAGCAAUGCAAAGUCAUGGUGCUCUGAUACUCUUAUUCACAGUCACAGAUUGAAAAAAAAAAUCUGCUAAUGUCAACGUAAAUGUUUCUGGAUGAGCUUUAAUCUGAAGCACAGCUGAAGACCCGGAACCAAAGAUGAACUGGGCAUCGUUUUAUGCUGUCAUCAGUGGUGUGAACAGACACUCCACAGGCAUCGGACGCAUCUGGCUCUCUGUCCUGUUCAUUUUCCGUAUCCUGGUUCUGGUGGUUGCAGCGGAGAGCGUGUGGGGCGAUGAGAAGUCUGGCUUCACCUGCAACACCCAGCAGCCGGGUUGCAACAGUGUCUGCUACGACCACUUCUUCCCCAUCUCCCAUAUCCGCCUGUGGGCACUCCAGCUCAUCCUGGUCUCCACCCCUGCCCUGCUGGUAGCCAUGCAUGUGGCCCACCGCCGCCAUGUCGACAAGAGGCUCUACAAACUGUCAGGGCGGUCCAACCCCAAAGACCUGGAGCAGAUUAAAACCCAGAAGAUGAAAAUCUCAGGGGCUCUCUGGUGGACGUAUGUCAUCAGCCUGUUGUUCCGUAUUGUUUUCGAGGUCACCUUUAUGUAUGUGUUUUAUAUGAUCUACCCUGGUUACAAGAUGAUCCGGCUGGUGAAGUGUGACUCGUAUCCCUGUCCCAACACAGUGGACUGCUUCGUGUCGAGGCCCACAGAGAAGACUGUCUUUACCGUGUUCAUGUUGGCUGCGUCAGGGGUUUGUAUUCUGCUCAACAUUGCAGAGGUGGUCUUCUUGGCGGGGAAGGCCUGCAGUAAGCAUUUGCACACUGCUGGAGACUCGACUUUGGGGGCUUGGAUCCAACAAAAGCUCUGCUAAUACUAACAAAACAGAUUAUGUACCUGCACAAAGGGACAUAUAUGUGACCUUAGACCCAGGAGAUAGCCAUUAAUCUAACAUGGGAGUAAAGUGCACACAAUAUACUGUACAUUAUAAUUUGACAUGGUGAUGUCAAACUGAUGUCAAAGAAUUCCCACAGGAACUACAGUCAUCAACAUAAUCUGCCUUGAAACUGUAUACAGACAUAAUAUACCUUGAUGACAGGCCAAAUUAACAUCAAUUAAAUCAAAUUGUAUAAAGGCUCUCAUUCUCAUGGACUUUGAUGCUCAAAAAAGUGAACUUUGAUUUUGAUGAAGAUUCUUGGUUCUGCUAUGAAAAUAUUAAAGCUGGGGUAGACAGAAAUCUGGAAAAGCCUCCCACCAGAUAAAAGGCAAAUUUACAUGCAUCACACUGAAACCCAGAGUUUCCCCAUUCCCCAUCUUGUGUCAUUGUGUAGUUGCACACAUCUGAUCUGCUCAGCCCCUCCUUGCCCUGCUCUCUCUCUGUAUAUCAGACCCAUAGACUUUAUAAAAUAAUGGCCGUAGCUACUGUGACGUCACCCAUGGGUUUGUGGACUCCCAUUGCUGAGCCUCAACUUUGGCAUCUUAGCUGUUACCAUCUUGGAUUUUUGGAGCCAGAAGUGACCAUAUUUGGAUGAGAGGUUGGCGCUGUAGAGGAGCGAGGGGUGGAUCUGACUUACAGACUGUGAUGACACCUCACAGACAGCCUGUCACUCAAGUGGCCCUGCCCUUAAAUAUGAGUAAUUUUGAGCCUUGAUAAAAUGUAAAGAGGUGAGUUCUAUAGAAGUCACUCCUGUACAGUUGUCAUUGGAGGCAAAAUAAGCUUACUGUAUAGAAAGCCAAGCCAUUUUUGUACCAGGCUGUAAACAUGUUUAUUUCUUCUGUAAAGUUGGGCAUUUUAACAUGGGGGGUUACUUGCUGUGCACUGCUUUCCCAGGAGGAGAGCUGGCAGCAGCUCCGUAGAUGGAACUUUGGUCAGUGGCUAUAGUGGCUCAGUUUCAUCCAGCGCAAACCCCCUGGUGGUCAGCAGCAGCGUGAAGUCUAACCUGUUAUAUGAUUCAGUGUGGAGUCAGACUGCUCAGUCUCCCAGAGCUGGGGUUUGUGUUGGCUGGAUUUGUGCUGCUGCUGCAGCUGCUGAUUAGGGGUCCGUCCCCGGAGCUGCUCUCCUCCUGGUGAGGUGGUCUGUAGCAGCAGGGAGUGAGACGAAGGACACACUGUAGUUUGAGGUUCUACUUGGAAGCCACAGCUGUGAGCCGUUAGCUCCCGUUAGCAGAAGGCUAACAUUUUAGCAACAUUUUUAUCAACAUCUCUGAAACAUUUCGCCAAUAUUGACAUUUGUUUUGUUUUGUUUAUUGACAGAUUCUCUUUUAGACUCUCUUUUGGAUAAAUCUUCCUUUUUUUUUUUACUUUUCGUUGAAGGCAGUUGCUGUCAGUGCUGGAAUAUUAGCUUUUUCUACAGGAUUCUCCACCAUUGAAGAGACAUGUACGCUCAUUUACAUUUGUAGAACAGCCAAUAGGAACAUUCUCUCUCUGAGAUGAUCAGUGAUUAGCCAAAAAUGUCUCCAAUCCUGGGUUAGCACUAAAGCCUGUAAAUGGAGCCAGGGGGAGGUGCAAAAGUCUAGUUUUCUCUCACUCCAUUUAAAUUACAACAUGUUGAAAAUUUAUCAUGGGAUUUUUGCCCAGUGGCACCAAAAUUCAACUGCCUACCCCAGCUUUAAAUACUGAAAUGUGAUGCCCGCUAUUUCAAAUCAUCAAAGUGUGUUGGAGAAGUGUGCUGAAAAUACUAUACUUGGGCGUUUUAAUUCAUAAUAUUAUACUAUUUACAUCAAAUAUGAACACAACUGUCAUGCUUUUGCCAAAAUCGCCGUGAACUGAACCUAAUUGACCCGGGGAUUCAUGGCUUUUCUUCAGCUGUUAUAAGCAAGAUGUUUUACUAAUACAUGGAAAACAUGUAAAAUGAUGGUGUUUGUUUAAUACAGAUAGUAGACAGUCAGAUAUAAACAAAGCA